AUGAAGGAACAUAUUAGGGUCCUUAUUGUCUUGACCAUCUGCGCCAGACUCUACUUCGCGGUGCAAAACUCGUACCUCCAUCCAGAUGAACACUUCCAAAACUUCUCCAUCAUCAAUUCGAUCCUUCAUCCCAACACUGCCGCAGCUGGCGAUAUCCCUUGGGAAUUCCAGGGCCCUUCGCCUGCCAGGAGCUUGAUCCCCUUGUAUCUUGUGUACUAUCCUUUGUUCUGGUACUCCCCAGCAACCAUCACCCCGAUCCAACAAUUAUACCUCGUGAGAUUGAUGUUUUGCUUCGUUUCGUGGAUCGUUGUCGAUUAUUCAAUGAUCCGUCUUGCUAGUCUGUCGACCAGAAAGAACCUCACUUGGCUCGCAUUGAGCUAUACCAGUUAUAUAACUUGGACGUACCAAUCCCACACUUUUUCCAAUUCCAUCGAGACCUGGGUGUUAUGUGGGUGUUUGAUGGUGAUCGAUUCGAUCAAAACCCAGAUGGAAAAUUACCAGUUCGUGAAAAGCCAACAGAAAUCGCAGGAUAUUAAAGAAGAAUCACCAUUGAAGAUCGAUAACAAUUAUGGGAAGCUUUCAGUAUUGGCAGUGCUCGUGGUGUUUGGAAUGUUUAAUAGAAUCACCUUUGCCGCGUUCUUGGUGCUUCCAGGGAUUAUCUAUCUCGGGAAAUUCUUUUUCCAAUACAAGAAGUUUUUGUCAUUGAUGGUGUUUAUUAUGGUAUGUGGGUUGACAAUUGCUGGUUUUGGUUAUGGUGACACCAUACUUUUCGAACAUUUCCACCCUGGCUAUCAGCAACUUCAAUAUAAUUUCCAAUACCAACACCACAAAUUCAUAAUUCCUCCAUUGAACAAUCUCAUUUACAAUAGUGAAUACACUAACCUUGCAAAACACGGGAUUCAUUCGCGGAUCACCCAUUUGUUCAUCAACCUCCCACAAAUGUUGGGUCCGUUGUACUUGAUUUGCAUCGUUAACUUCAAGAACUAUUUCCAAUUCGCAAGAAUCAAUUUCCAAUACUUGAAGAACUGGGCCACCAACACUCCAAACCACUCGUUAUUGAAACAAAUGCAAACCAAUGAACAGUACCAAGACAUAAUGAACCUCAACGUGGUGUAUUUGACGAUUGUUUCAGGAAUGAGUAUCCUAUCAUUAGUGCCGCAUCAAGAAUUGAGAUUCAUUGUAUGUUUGCAACCGUUGUUUUUGAAAAUCAUGGAUUUUGAGUUCCUUCAUGAACAAUUCGUUACAAAGACUGAAAAGGCAGACGACAAUAAAAAAGAGAAUACCUUCUUCAUGAUCACCCUGAAAUCCAAGACGUUAGUCCGCAAUAUCCUUUGGGUAUGGUACGUAUACAAUGCGAUUCUCGGGACCCUAAUGGGGGUUUUCCACCAAGGAGGUGUGAUAACCGCGUUGGAUCAUCUUCGAGAACAAUAUUCUUCAAAUAAUGGUACUAUUGGUAGUGUUCAAGUGUGGUGGCGGACUUAUUCUCCUCCAACUUGGCUUCUUGGGGAUGCCAAGCCGGUGAUUGUGUUGAAGUAUGAUGAUUUAGUACCAGUUGACGGAACUACAGAGCAUGAUGACAACUUACGAGUGCUUUUAGAGUACGAUUAUCUAGCAGUGAGCAAUAGCACCGUAGUGGUGGAUGUCAUGGGAAUGGAUAUUGAUAAAUUAUAUAGGUUAUUAGACCGGAUCGUACAGACAGUCACUACUGGGGCAAAGGACGUGCAAUUGGUGGCUCCUGUGGGGUCAAUGGAUGGGAAAUUUACCGAAUUCUACAAGAAUAGUCGUCGCCAGUUCCAAUGGCACGAAGUCUGGGGCGAUUUCUGGCACAUUGAUAUGGAUCAUUUGGAGCCAGGACAGUACAGGCCGGGGAUUGGGGUGUAUUCGAUAGUAUAA